GUGUCCUGGGUCUGCACCGGGCCUCCUCCCAGUGGGACAUGGCCAGAACACCUCACCCUGGAGGCAUCCCUGUCAGAUGCCCAAACCACCUCAACUGGCUCCUUUCAAAGCCAGGAAGUGAUGUCAGAAUGAGGAAAUGCUCCGAGACCUUAAAACAGGAACAAAUCUGUGUUUUUGGAGGGUGGGCACAGCGCUGUGGGCAGUGUUUGCACCGUGUCCAUAGCAUUGAGCCGUUCCCGUCUGCAUGCUGCAGGUGCUCUGACCUCUGUGCCGGAGGAGGACCGAGCAGCUCAGGAAAACCGUUUACCUGUUUCUGCUAAGAGGAGCAGCUGAACAUGUGAUGUACUGUUAGUGACUCCAGACCAGCGAGGAUCUGCUGGAGCUCAGCUCAGGAGGGAGGCACAGGCUUAUGAUCCUGCACAACAACAACGAUUUAUUAUUGUGCGAUCUGUUGUACAAUAUAAAGCGCCUUGAGGUGACUUUUGUUGUGAUUUGGCGCUAUAUAAAUAAAAUUGAAUUGAAUUGAAUUGAAUUGAACAACAACCAUCAUUUUCAUAGAAACAGAGGGCUGUCAUGUGAAGCGUGUGCAUACCUUCAUGUUGUUCUACGUGAGUGGACACAGCUCCACACCUGCAUGAUGAGCUGAUGUCUCAAGUAUUUUAUUGACUAACUGAAGAAUCAGAAAUGAAUCUUUUUGUAAAUAAUAAGAAAUCAUUAAUGGUAAAUAGCCUGUAUUUGUAUAGCGCUUAUCUAGUCCCUAAGGACCCCAAAGCGCUUUACACAACCAGUCAUCCACCCAUUCACACACACAUUCACACACUGGUGAUGGCAAGCUAUAUUGUAGCCACAGCCACCCUGGGGCGCACUGACAGACACUGACAUUAAUAUUCGAAGGAGAAAACAAAACUUGCGUCUUCAAUGAAACAUUGAAGCAAAAAAAGCUUCAUUUUGGAAUGCUGCAGCGGUGCUUGAAUGUGGGCGGGGCUUUGAAAUGGUACCGGGGGUCUUCUGUGAUGUUCGCCUGAGCACGGUGUGAAGGUUUGAUCUGACGACUUUGUGUUACUAUGACAACAGCACACCUGUGUCAGGUGACCGCGCUCCAUUUACUGCCGUGUUAUUUUAGGCCGAGAUAACUUCAGACUUUACAGCGCUGAAACACGCGUCUCGGUUUACAGUCGUGAAAAGAAGCUCCGUAUAACGAUGCGAUAAGGAGGUCAGAGGUCAGAGCAUACAGGAAGUCAGGGCGGGCUUUAAAUGUGAUCCUACAGUAACAGGUACUGCUCCCGGAGGUUGUUGGUUGGAUUCCCAGUCGUGUGUGAGCAACACCCAAGUCAAAGGGAGCGUGUGUCACACGCACACACACGCAUACAACCACUGCUGGAAUAAGAGUUCAGUGUGUGAGCAGACAGCUCUGAGAGGAGGAGGGACUGUCUCAGGUAACCUGAGCCACAGGGUGUGGAGCUCGCUCAUCCCCAACACUCGCCUCUGCGAGCAGGAUGUGAGUUGCGCCUGAACACUUCAACCUGCUGAUCAGGAUCAGAGCUGAGCCAGUAAACGCUGCGUUCUGUGCAGACACAGAGGAGUUGGGCUGGUUUUGUUAGACUCGCUGGAUCGGAAGCCGAGUGCUGGACGUGGUCUUGGUGGAGCUGGUUGGUGUGGUCCUGAUCUGGACCGAGAGACCUGCGAGGAUCAGGCCCGUCCCAGUCUGAGCUGGACUGAAAGAUGGCCGUGCUCCACACAAAAGCUGUGACUGUGAUCCUGUCUGUCACUGUGCUGCUGGGGCUGCUGUACUUGUCCCAGUACUACAGAAUCUAUCUGUCCUUUGAGGAGAAGUGGAAGACAGUGGAGGCGGGAUCUGCCAUUGAAACCACCAAGUUCAGUCAGCCUGGUAUCGAUCUCCACUUGGAGUCUCCUGAGCAUCUGAAGUACAACCAGCCCAGCAUCGUGCACGGUCGUGCUGACGUGGUGACGGUGACGCCAUGGUUGGCUCCCGUGGUCUGGGAGGGAACCUUCAACUCGUUUCUCCUGGACAGCAUCUACAAAAGGAAGAACAUCACCAUUGCCGCCACUGUCUUCGCUGUCGGAAAGUACAUCAUGUUCCUGAAGGACUUCCUGCAGACGUCUGAGGAGCACUUCUUUGUUGGCUUCAGGGUGGACUUUUACGUGUUCACCGAUCGCCCCAACGAGGUGCCCAAAGUGAACAUGGCGGCCGGCAGAAAGCUGACGGUGCGCUCGGUGCCCAGCUCAAACCGCUGGCAGGAGAUCUCAGCUCGCAGGAUGGAGAUCAUCCAGAACCUGAUCGAGGAGAAGCUUCAGAACCGCGCCGACUACAUCUUCUGUCUGGACGUCGACUCCAAGUUCCACGGUCGCUGGGGGGCCGAGUCGCUGGGAGGACUCGUGGCCGUGAUCCAUCCAGGUUACUACAGAGAUGACCGCAGCAAGUUCCCCUACGAGCGGAGGCCUGCCUCCAACGCCUAUGUGGCUCCCGGGGAGGGGGACUUCUACUACUGUGGAGGGGCGUUUGGGGGGUUGGUGCAGGAAGUUCACCUGCUCACCAAAACCUGCCGCAAGAACUUUGAGGAUGACACCAAGAAGGGCAUCGAGGCAGCUUGGCAGGAGGAGAGUCACCUGAACAGGUACAUGUGGAUCAACAAACCCAGCAAGGUGCUGUCACCUGAGUACCUGUGGCAGGACUUCAAACCCAAAAACCCAGAGGUCCAAAUCAUCAGGUUCUCCGGGGUCAUCAAGAACUACGCCAACAUCCGACCCAACUGAACCAGACCAAACUGGACUGAACUGGGUGAAAUGAGCCAGUGUAGGUCUGACUUUGGGAAAGGCCUCACACGUCUGACCUUCACCCAUAAUCCCUCUCAGGAAUCAUUUUUUAACCCCACCCCCAGACCUGCUGGAUUACCUCUACUGAGCAUGUACAGUUUUUAAACAAUUUAUGCUAUUGAGUCAUAGAAAUGUCCCGCCCUCAGUCCUGUGCCCCGCCCACAUCGGUGCUCCAGACUAGCCCCGCUUCCAGCUGCAAUAUAAACCAAAACAGCGACUUUAAUGAAGUUUCAUCAGUUUGACCUCAAAUGUUCUAAAAAUGACCAUCUGCUACACAAAGUGCACCUGCGGCCGGGUUCACAGGGUCAGGUGAGCCUGCUGAGCAGCGAGGAUUCGUCAGUUUUGAGUUUAAAAAGAUUCCAGCUGAAGAAAAACAGCUGGUCCCAUUCCUAGUUCCUGUGUUUUGGUUUUGUAGACAGCUGGAGCGGUUAGCGCUGCCCCCCUGAGGUCUUUGAUCAAAUUCAUGGAACUGCGGUCAGGACAUUUUCCUCUCGUUCCCCCGAUUCUGAGUUUCUUUGUGCUUCCUAAUGUUUGUGUUUGAUUUUUUUAUAACUUUUUCUACACAUGGAGCUGACAGGAAGCUCAGCUUCACCUGUCCAGGUAAACGUUAGGCUGUUAGGUGUGGGUUUGCUGCUUGUUUGACUGCAAAACUGUGAUGUACCUGCAUGUUUUUACCCACGAUGCAUUUUUCUAGCCUGACUAAGAGUCUCUUGGUGUGAGAAAGUGAAGGUGCACAUACCUCAGUGUGCUUGCUGCUCUCAUCCUGACUCGAUCACCGUCUCAGGUAGUCUGUGUGACACAAGUCACAAGAAUCACCAGACGUGCACACGGGACCACCUGAGGGUCUUCACGCUAACGGCGCUCGAGGUCCCGUUAACAGUUAGUAACCUGUGGGCUGUGAUGGGUAGUGAGCCACAGGAGAACGGUUUAGGGUCAUGUGACAACACCGGCCAAUACAUAGGGGUAGAAAAUGUAGGCAUGUCACAGUUUCAAAGCUUUUAUUUUGAAACAUGAACAUGGUGCUGUGGGGCAGGGAUGGUUCUUGGGUGCCUUUUAGCUCAGGUGCACAAACACACCUGCAGCAGGUGUGCCAGUCUGAAACGGAUCUCUGCAACAUGUGACCUUCAUUUCCUCUGUUGUGCUGUUCUGUACAUUAAGGUCCUGUGUGAUAUUCUCUGUGAGGGAAGCUGCUUCAGUUUAUUCAAAAUAAAAGUAUCAGAUGAACAUUU